GUGGAGGUGCAUAGUUCGACAGCUGAUCGCGGUCGGUGGUGCGUCGUGCGCGAUCGACGCUCUCUCUCUCUCUCUCUCUCUCGUCAGUCGCAGUACACGUUCCGUUCGGUGCGUACGCGAUCGACCAGGUCACCCAGGAUCACUCUGGUGCGUGCACGCGUCGAUCGACCGCCCCCGACGAGGGAAGUCGAUAUAUACUCGAGGUGGGAUCGCGACACCGUGGCUUAACCCCAGCGAUUCAGUGCGAAUCCACCAGUGUGAUCUGUGAUAUCGCCUCGUUACCCAGGGACCUUUGUUUCGGAGCACAGAGUUUGACAGGUCCGAGUGCUUGUGACACAUCGAAGAUGCAGAACGUCAUCGUCGUGGUAUGAGUUCGGACGUCGAGGCAGCAGCUGAGCUCACUCUCGUCCGAGGCACCACUGGAUGAUGGCUGAUCUCAAGAACCUCGCUCUGGGCGGUGGCGGAGCAUCCAGAUACAGCGGAGAUGAACAAGUGCAAUUUAUCCCAGGCGGGAGUCACCAGGUGACGAUCAGAUCACCCCCUCCUUCCUUACAUUUGGAGAAUCUCAACAAUGCGGUCCACGGCGGCUCGCAGAACAACCUCCACUGCAGUUGCAACGGCACUACGUCGAACGGUGCUGCGGCGGCGGUAUGCACCGGCGGGGUCCUGGCCAGAAAAGUGCCGAACCACAGCGGCGCUAGUCCUGGACAGGGUAACAAAAGGCCGGCGGUAUCGCUGACGCAUCUUCCGAAGAGGCCGCCGGUCGACGUGGAGUUCAAGGACCUGGCCUACAGCGUGUCCGAAGGCAGGAAGAGGGGAUACAAAACUAUCUUAAAAUGUGUAAACGGGAAAUUCCGAUCUGGGGAGCUAACGGCCAUCAUGGGACCGUCCGGCGCUGGAAAGAGUACGCUGAUGAAUGUUUUAGCGGGUUACAAAACAUCCCACUUGAGUGGAUCAGUGCUGAUAAACGGCAAGGACAGGAACCUGAGGAGAUUUCGAAAGAUGUCUUGCUACAUCAUGCAGGACGACCGACUGCUGCCGCACUUGACCGUUUUCGAGGCGAUGACUGUCUCGGCGAAUCUGAAGCUGGGGAAGGACAUAAGCGCGACUGCCAAGAAAGUAGUGAUCGAGGAGAUAAUCGAAACGCUCGGCCUACGCGAAGCCAGCAACACGCAAACUCAGAAUCUCAGCGGGGGACAGAGGAAGAGGCUGUCGAUAGCGCUGGAGCUCGUCAAUAAUCCUCCAGUUAUGUUCUUCGACGAGCCAACUUCCGGCUUAGAUAGUUCUUCCUGCUUCCAAUGUCUCAGUUUGCUCAAAUCCCUAAGCAGGGGAGGAAGGACGAUCAUAUGCACGAUUCAUCAACCGAGCGCCCGUCUGUUCGAGAUGUUCGACCAUCUAUAUCUACUUGCCGAAGGCCAGUGUAUAUAUCAAGGCAAUGUCGGUGGUUUAGUGCCCUUCUUGUCAUCAAUGGGUCUCGACUGCCCGAGUUAUCAUAAUCCAGCGGACUAUGUGAUGGAGGUCGCAUGCGGGGAGCACGGCGAAUGUGUUCACAAACUCGUGAUGGCCGUGAACAAUGGCAAGUGCAAUAAUUAUCAGCAUCAUCAAGCGGCUAUCGCCGCGGCGCAGGCGGUCGCGAAUAACAUCGCCAAGGAGUCGCCGCAGGAGCAGACGAAGUUGGAGGGCGCAGCUUUGAUACCGAACGGCGUUGCGAAGCCACCGGCCGGCGCGACGAUGAUCAACAUGCCGGUCUCUUGCACAACGUCAUUGUUGGACAGCGCGGAGAGCAUAGAGCAGAAGGUUGGCUUCCCGACGAACGGUUGGGUGCAAUUCUGGAUACUGCUCAAGAGGACCUUCCUCUCGCAGAUACGAGAUAUGACGCUGACGAGAGUGAGAUUGAUUUCGCAUAUAAUCGUCGGUCUGCUGAUCGGCGCCAUUUAUUACGACAUCGGCAACGAGGCUUCGGAGGUCACUAGCAAUGCCGGAUGCGUCUUCUUCACAGUGAUGUUUCUCAUGUUCACCGCUAUGAUGCCUACUAUAUUAACAUUUCCGAUGGAAAUGUCCGUGUUCGUAAGAGAGCAUUUGAAUUAUUGGUAUUCCGUGAAGGCUUUUUAUUUCGCGAGAACGUUGGCGGACUUGCCGUUUCAAAUUGUAUAUUCCAUAGCGUAUGUGAUGAUCGUGUACUUCAUUACGUCGCAACCGCUGGAAACGGAGCGUUUUCUUAUGUAUCUAAAUAUUUGCAUCCUGACAUCGUUAGUCGCGCAGUCUAUCGGUCUGCUGAUAGGAGCAGCAAUGAGCGUGGAGACGGGAGUAUUCAUCGGGCCCGUAAUGUCGGUGCCGAUCGUUCUGUUCUCCGGCUUCUUCAUCAACUUCGACGCCGUUCCGCGAUACUUGAAGUUUCUCUCGUACGUGAGCUACGUGAGAUACGGCUUCGAGGGUGCCAUGAUCUCCGUGUACGGCUACAAUCGAGCGAAACUAAAGUGUUCCGAGUCCUACUGCCACUACAAGAGUCCAACGAAGUUCCUCGAACAGAUGUCCAUGCAGAACGCAGUCUAUUGGGUUGACGUCGUCGCUCUGGUCGGCUUUCUGCUCGUUCUCCGGGUGGUUGUUUACUUCGUGCUGAGACUCAAGCUGCGAUCCCUUCGUUAAAUUCUCGUAGUAGUAGUAUUAGGACAGACAAUAAUUGCGAUCACGUCACGGCCGCUGCAAAACCGUGCUUGAACUGAGACUGUGACGUGAGGAUAUCAUCGAACGUUGUCACGCUUUCACAAACGCAGUCUGUUCGUGCGGGAGCUAUGAGAUAGAUGGAGGAUCGCGCGCGAAAUAAAGUCCGAUCUUUCAGGAUCGACAUUAUCAUGGAUCAUUCGUCGUAUCGGCAACACCAGAGGCGGGAACGGUCGUCGUGCGAGAGAGAUAUUAACGAAGAGAAAGAGAGAGAGAGAGAGAGAGAGAUCAUACAGAUAUGUGAGAGAGAAUAUCGUGGGUCGUCUUUGAUUAAACCAACUGUUCAGCGCGUGAACUUUGAUACAUGAUUUAAGUCCUUAGACAACGCGAGAUACUUUGUUUUUUUUCCUUUUUUUUCCGCCCGCCUCUCUUUCUCUCUAUUAGGAUAAAAAGUUUUUUUAUCAGUUCCACUGGUGUAGCGAAUAAUGCUUGGGAGAGUGCUUCAUUAUUAUUAAUCGUAGGAUCGUUACAGCUUACCGGUACCAAACCGAAUGAUCUCUGCCGUUGACAAAAUGCCGUUGGCAUUUCAAACGUAUUUCGUUCCGAGUAAUGUAAGGAGAUAGCUACCGGGGAGUCAAAGGGAGUCACCGCGACGAUAGCCCGAAGGAAUCCGAGGAUCCUAAAGACGAAUCAUAAUCUUAGGUCGCCUAGGUCGUUUCAAUAAAAAUAGUACAGACAGCAGGAGUUUAAGCUACUCUCGAUCGUGCAUUAAACAACAGUAGGCCGUAACGACGGCGGGAUAUCUGGAUUUUAUCCGUACUGAGUGAAAAUCGCGAAUGUUUAUAGCCAAUUACUACGAACUCGCCAAGGAGCUUUAGGCCCAUACAAGACUCGUGUCCCUCCAACGAGCGCGUUUAAACGCGAACGCGACGAAAUAGUGGUUUCUACCAGGUAGACCAGUAGAGUACACAGAUCGUUAAAACGAGUCUUUUAUUAUUCCCAUCUUAUACAUAGCUCGCUACGUUCACGUUCGACUUCGACGGAUUACUCAGAGGCAAAUGAACCGCGUACUCAUGAUCACACAAUAACGUUGGAUGUACAAAACAGAAGCAAUUGCGAAAACCGAAAGCACCGCUUGCCCGCGAAUAGCGUUUUCGUAUUAAUACGAUAGAUACGCAUCUCACACAUAAUCACAAUCGAUCUUUCUUCAUAUCGUAAUUUCAUCGACGGUUUACCUAAUAGUUACAAUAAUUAAGGGAGAAAGGGGAAAGAAGGGUUUACUGUAAAAAAGCUCACACUUGACCAAUCACUAGCUGUCUGAGCGUUGCUUCUAAGUGCGAGUGCUAAAUAUUGUUACACCUAUCAUAGUACAUAUAUAUAUAUAUAUAUNUAUAUAUAUAUAUAUAUGGCUAUUCGAAUGGUGGGAGAGUUGUAUAGCUGUAUAAAGAAAGGGGAGAUAGUGUGCGUCUGUGCGUUAAUGAAUGUAAUUAUUCCAUUUUUUAUAAAAAUGCGAUUGUUUUUCGCGGCCUAUGCAAGAUUACAUCCUACGAAUUCGUUUAUUAUCCGGGACUGAUAGGAAGACAGCGAUUAAAAUGAUCUCGCAAACAUUUCAAAUUGAUUUUGUACGCAAUAUUGACACAUGCAUACAUACACACACAUACAUAUACACACAUAUACACAUACAGAUGAAACUCGUUGUAAAUAUUUUUAAUCGGGACAGACACAAUCAACGAAAGAAAAUAUAAGAUUAUGGAGAAAACAGUAAUUUACGUACGCGUUUGUUUCAUUACUAGUGUAGGACACAUCAUGUUUUAUUUCGAAGCGGAUGAUUUGUGGAACAUGAAUUACGAUACCUUUUCUGCUCUGCACACAUGAGCGAUAGAUGUAAAUAUGUAACAAUUGUCCCCGUUUUUUAUCUACGUCAAGGAGUGAAUAAUGGACGGAACGGCAAGGCAAUAUGAUUUAUUGCGAAGGUCACGAGGCUUAUAAUUCCGCACAUUAUUUCGCUUGUUAAUCGCCCGCAUUUUCUCUAUUAAAAUUAAAUAUCCCGUUUAUUAGGAUGACAGAUGAAUUUUUAGUUAAACAAAUUAUCCAUUAUGAUCGUUAUCCGUAUAUAUAUAUAUAUAUAUAUAUGUAAGUGAUAAGAAAUUAGUAUUUAUAUUUUGAUAUUAUUUUUACAUUACCAUUUACUUAUUUUAUCGUUACAGACUAUUACAAGUUAAUUGAAUGUCACGGUAACAUUACUUAAGAUUAGUUAAGUACUUAAUGUUAAGACGUUGAGUUUUUAUCGAGAUAAUAUUUUAUAUAUCAGUAACGCGGAAUUAUCGAUGCUAUUGCUGUAUCUGUUGCUAUCUCGAUUGCACAAUAUUUUUUCUCAUGCCGUUUGACUGUUUGGCAAAUUUAGAAGAAAAAAAUUUUGGUUACAUCUUAGCAGAUAUCAAAUAACCAGUGAGAAAUUUGCGCAAUUGUAAUACCCGAUUUAAACCCGAUUUAAUCAUAACGCGUCAAGCGAAUAUUCAUUUAUAUUCCUUUCGAUUUUUCUUACGUUUAGUUCAAAGGAUAUACUUAAAAGCCGCUGAAAAUAUACUUAAAAUAUUCUUUAGAAUUUUUAUAAAUACGAUUAUUAUAUGUAAAAUAUGCAUAUUUUUCAACGCUGAAAUGCGAAACCGAGCGCCCUUUUUCGUUAAAAAAAGGACUCGUGCAUACGCUUUUCGCAUAAUACGACUCUAAUAUUGCAGAAAAAAAGACGUAGACUGGGAAAGGAUAUAUCUGUAUUAACUUUUGGGGUAGUAUAAAUAAAUUUCCAUAUUUUUGGAGUUAUCUUAUAGUUAUUCAUUAUUUGUACUUAUUAUACUAGUCUAAGCAAAAUAUAGUUAUCGCGCCCGAAGUGGGAACAAUUCGACAACGCAAGCAUACAGCUCUAAAUUAUUAUGCGUCUUUUUUUCAUACGCCAUUAUAUCCCUAUUUCUAUACGUUUAUCAGCUGACAAAUGGACAGUACAAUCCGCAUAUUGCACCAAGAGCGUAUUUCUUAAUCAACUUUCUGUGUGCUAUUACAUAGAGCGCCCUUGAUUUGACAUUUUAACCAAAUGAAAAGAGGAUGCAUAUAUUAGUGCGAUUGCGAAACUUGCAGGAGAAAAGAUUCUUGCUCGCCGCGACUGAAAAUUUUAUCGAGACGCGGGUAUUCGUAAAUGCCUGUUGUUCUAGUAACAGUUUUAUACGCGUGAUAUAUCGUUAGUCACAUAAUUGUUGCGUGUUCAGGUCCCGGCACGCUGCUUCCACACUUUGUCCCGGAAAAGGUGCGUGACUUUCAUAUGAAAAUAACGAACCUACCUCGUAAAACGUCUUUCUUUCUAUCUAUCGAUUGCACUCGUCAAUACGGCCGAGAUCUGAACGUGCGGUAUGCCGAUAGCGAGGAUUUCCCCGACAGUUAGCGGUUAAUCUCGGUCGCGCGAUGCAUCGUGCUGUAAUAAUUUUGCGCUUAAAUUCAGCCUCAAGUUUACACAAUAUUGUCGAAUGCUGCACACGUCGCACUCAAAGAACAAGGAGAUCGGGAUAAUCGGCGGACCGAUCACACGAUCGUACCGUGAACAGAUAUUACGUGCGCACUGUGUUCAACACUUCGCGAGCAUUAUCAACGAGCGCGUGAACUUUUCACUUCAACGACGCGACGAUCUCGCGGGGAAGCGCGAAAACGCGAGAUAUAUGUGUGCGUGUGUGUUUGUGUAUAUGCGCAGCAUAUAGGAAAAACAAAAUCCCGUACGUGACUCGCCGCUUUUAGUGGAUUACUAAAUAUCACCGCCACCACAUCUACACACACAUACGCGCAUACACACACGUGGAUGGUACAAUGUACAACGUCACGACCAUGUAUCGCAUAUACCAAAUACGCAGACUUUUUUCAACGUACUGUAAUUUUAUAUGAUGGGAAGAAUGUGUGUCCGUGUAUGAUUGCGCGCGCGCGAGAAAGAGAGAGAGAGAGAGUGUGUACGAAAAGUCAGGCGCAGAAAAAACAUUUUUUUUCUUUUCCAAGACGACGAUGAGAACGGAAUCGGCGCGUCGAUUUGCGCGGGUCACGCGGAGCCGCAUUUUCGUGUGACGGGGAGAAACAUCGCCGACCCUUGACAAACCGACGCUAAAUAAAUAAUACUUCGUAUUUUGGUUUUAGCAAGGGACGUCACGUUUGUACUAAAGCACAAAUGAAUAAACGAUUGUAUCAAUGGGCGAAUCAUUUUCCCUGUGUAAAGCUGAUUCAUCGAGAUACUUUGAAAGUUCUUGUUCAAGUUCGACGUUCGAACGAAUGCUUCUGCCAAAGGGAAAUCAACGAGUGGCACAGUAGAUAAUAUUUUCGAUUAUUACGAUGAAAUAUCUUGAACAACGAUGUUUCGCGUUCCAAGAUUUUUAUGCUUUUGAAUCAUUGUUAUUUCGAUCGACGAUAUGUCGAAAUCACGCGGGCUAUACGACCACCGAUGGUAAAGCCAGGCCAGUUUUAUUUUAAGCAUUCUUUAAAUACACACCAGUGCUACUAUAGUGCUACUAUAGUAUAUACUACUAUAGACUAUACUACUAUAGAUUACUAACUACGUUUUUUCGCUUAUAAGUCUGCUCAAGUCUAGAUAAAGAUAGACAGAGAGAGAGAGAGAGUGGAAUUUUUUGUUACAUCUCAAGCGAUCUAUAUCCUAAAUUAUCCACGCGCUCUUUGCAAAAUUCACACAGGGUGUCCUUAUUUAGCGUCUUCCACGCUCACUUGGAACGUUGUCAAGAUGUCAUUUGAUCCGUAUCUGGUCCGGGUCGGUAGCGAGCGAGCUCGGUGCAGUAUUGCGAGUAUCGCAACACGUUGCACAAGAGCUCUACGUGCAGAUUCUACGUGCGCAGUUCUACGUGUGACGCAGCACAAAAAGUUAGAAAAA